CUCUUCAUUGAGAAGUGUAUCCACUGGAUCUUCAAGACCUUCCAAAGUGUGUUUGGUGUGUGGAGAUGAAGCAUCUGGGUGUCAUUAUGGGGUGGUGACGUGUGGCAGCUGUAAAGUUUUCUUCAAGAGAGCAGUAGAAGGCACGUGCUCGAGACAGCACAAUUACCUGUGUGCAGGAAGGAAUGACUGCAUCAUUGAUAAGAUUCGGAGGAAGAACUGCCCAGCCUGUCGGUUACAGAAAUGUCUGCAAGCUGGAAUGAAUUUAGGAGCUCGGAAAUCCAAAAAACUGGGGAAGUUGAAAGGGCUGCAGGAGGAGCAGCCCCAGCAGCGGCAGCAGCCGCCGCCGCAGAGCCCCGAGGAGGGGACCACGUACAUCCCGCCCGUGAGCGAGCCCCCUGUCAACACAGCCCUGGUGCCCCACAUGGCUGCCAUCUCACCAGCACUCACUCCCUCCCCCGUCAAGAUCCUGGAGAGCAUCGAGCCCGAGGUGGUGUAUGCAGGGUACGACAGCUCGAAGCCAGACACUGCAGAGUACCUGCUCUCCACCCUAAACCGCCUGGCCGGCAAGCAGAUGAUCCAGGUGGUGAAGUGGGCAAAGAUCCUUCCAGGAUUUAGAAACUUGCCUCUCGAGGACCAAAUUACUUUAAUUCAGUAUUCAUGGAUGUGUCUGUCAUCGUUUGCCUUGAGUUGGAGAUCAUACAAACACACAAACAGCCAGUUCCUCUAUUUUGCUCCAGACCUGAUCUUCGAUGA